GUUAACUUUUGGCUCUACGGAGUAUGUACUCAAAAUGUUUUCUUUGGUGAGGCGCCAUUCAUAAGGCGAUUCAAUUCACUUACAAGAUCUCUUAGUGACUUCCUAGUUUGGUGGCAGUCCAAGUCAGAUUACAACUUGUUGAUAGACCUAAUUUGUUCCCUUCCGCUCAACAUUUAAUAAGGAAGCAAGACAUCUCGAUCAAACUGGCCAAGAUGGAGGAUACAUCCUCUGACCGAACUACCACCCAAGGACAUGAAAUGGAUAAUUCUCUCCCUGAACGAACCACCACCACAACACCCAAAAUGGAGCAAAAGGAUCUUCAUCAGAGUGCUCCUCGGCAUUUAAAAGAAGCAUUCAAGCUUUACAAACAGACUACUUAUACUCCAACCGAAGAUUCUCCUUCUAUUGCUGGUGUUAUCAACCUAGAAAGCCUACCUGAAGAGGUACGAAACAUAGCCUUUAAAUGUUUUAUGAAAGGAGCUCCUCCUUCCGAGUCAUCAUUACCCAAACCCUCCCACAGCCAGAAUUCAUUUGGCUCGCCAGACCAUGAGCCGUCCCUACCUAAAUCGCAACUGGAAGGUUCAUCGUAUGGGUCUGAGGUCAUACCUGGUAGGAAAUAAUACUUUUCCUUUCUUCUAGCACAACUUUAAAUCAUGAGAGAAAAUCAACCCAUUUAAAAGAAUCCUUUUUUUUUUGGGAAAGGCCAAGUCAUUAUAUUGUUUUAUACCUAAUUCUUGUAGUAUCUAUCAAAGUACAUCGUCUUUCUUUCUAUAUUAUUCUUCCGCAAUUUCCUAAUAGCCCUCGUCAAGCAACUUCUAAUUAUGAUCUAGGGCUCAUGGUCUUUCCAUCUCUCAUCCCCCCAGAGGUUCAAAAAGAGUUGAUUCGGCGAAUAGUACACCGUGAUCUUUUGGACCCAAAACAUAUGACCAACCUACAUGCCCAUUACGAAGUCGAAUUCCCUCCAUCAGGAACUGCUUCAGGAGAAUCCAUUGUCGCUAAGCCUAAAGAUCCCAUGAUACAUCCCAAAGCAUUAAAUUACUUGGAAGUCAUGACAAAAAAGUUGCGCUGGAUUACUCUUGGAGGGCAAUAUGAUUGGACAAAUAAAGUAUACCCAGAAGGGGAGCCUCCCAAAUUUCCCAGUGACAUUGCGAAUCUUAUUGAAGGUCUUUUCCCUGAUAUGGAACCUCAAGCAGCUAUUGUCAAUUUCUAUUCUCCGAAAGAUACCCUACAAUUACACCGGGAUGGUGCAGAAAGUGUCGAUCGUGGCCUGGUCAGCAUCAGUCUUGGUUGUGAUUGUAUCUUUAUGAUCGCCUUGGACAACCCGAAAGCCGGAAAAGACCAUCUUGCCAUUCGUCUGAGAUCUGGCGAUGUACUAUACAUGAAGGAAGAGUCACGCUUUGCUUGGCAUGGAGUUCCAAAGAUAAUUCCUCGCACAUGCCCAAAGUACCUCGAACAACUCAAGUUAGAUAUAAAAGAAUUUCCACAGUUUAUGGUGGAUAAAAGAAUCAAUUUGAAUGUGCGACAAGUGCGAGAGCGGAAGUCGGACAGUUGAUUCGCCAAUUUCGAUCUAUUUUAGCCCCUUACGUUAACAUGCGAUAGUUUCCGACUAACAUGUGGCCUACCCGAUGCAUUGAUAACAUCCCACACACUAAAUUCACUUAUCUCUUUGAGCGGAAAUUUCAUAUAAGAGAGUUCUAUCCGGCUGUUUUGCAGCAUCAACUCCC